CCUUGCACCCAAGCAUGGCCGACAGGGAAUUCUAAAGGCCCAAGAUUCCACAGUGGCUGUUUACAAUGGAGAGGAGGCUAUAAGUAACUGCCACACUGGAUCCUUUUACGUGAGAAGAAAGAAAAUACCCUGAAUGCCUCUCACGUACAAAAGAGCAGGAUGGCAGGAUGUCUGUGUGGCCCAAGGAGUCAAAGGUAGCAAACUAUGGGCAACAGAAUUGUAAACAAAGGCUAGAAGAGGGAAGCUCUGCAGUCAGCCCUGUCUUCUACCUCCCUGGUGUUUGCUUCUUAUGAGCAGAGUUUGUUUUCCAAAUGUCACAACAUGGAAAAGAAGACCCCUGCUCUGGAAGUUGACAGGAAGUCAUACCCACGACUGUAAAAAUGCAAGAUCAAAGCUUGGCCCAGAAACAAUGUCUAAAAUCAAGCGGAAAAAAGAAGAGCAGAAGAGAGAUCCAAGUCCAACCUGGCCCAGCCUGGGCCAGCCCAAGGAAUGUAGGAUUCAAGGAGAAGACAUUAAAAGGAGGAGCUUUAAACCGCAUCGUUUCCUACAAGGGGCAGUCAACGAAGUUAGCUCUAAAGCCAAGGUACAAAAGAAGGCCCUUUAAUCUCUGGCCCUUAAAAGCAGCAGUAAAUUCAUUACUCAGAUUCACUGAAACGCUUUUAGAACAACUGUAACUGCUCAGCUUAGAUGUCCCUUUCCUUUCUCUGCAGGGUGCUUUGUAUAUACUAUACAAUUAUAAAUGUACGGUAUGAUGUACUAUGAAAUAUGACAUAUAAAAUACAAAUACUAGUCAAUGAUAUUAGUGAACAUGUAUAAGAAACACUGAGAUGAUCAUGCAGGAUUUCACCUCCCUGGAACUCAGCCACUUGGUACUGUUUCAGCUUUCUACCACCUCUGCCAGCCAAUCCCAUCUUCCUGAGAAUCUGGCCUCCCUAUUGGCUAUUGCACACCUUUAAACUGCCUGCUCUGUGACAUCAUUCUCUCACCAAGCCUAUUGCCAGCUGGUAGAAUCUUGGGGUAGCCCCUGACCAGUGUGACCCGUGGCCUUCAUACUGGACACAUUCACUCCUUGGCUUCAGCCACCCAGACAUCCACUAGGAUCGUCUCUUCAUCCCUUGAAUCUACAGUUGAUGUUUCUUCUUCUCUGACCAUGUCAGAACAUUUCCAAAAUACCUCUUUACUUGGAACUGCAAAUUCUCUGCAGCUCUCUCUUCCUGUGGUGAGCAAUGCGGCUUCCCUAACAGGAAACAUUUCCAACUUCUCCAGAGCCACUGCUCCAGCUGUUAGCUCAGCAUGGCUACUGCCACAAGCCUCUGGCACGUCUUUCCAGCCACUCACGGGCAGUGCCUACCUUUACCAACAUUCUACCACAUCUAUGUUGUCUGGGGUUAGUGGCCAGAGCCAUAGCUCUACUUCAGCUGCCUCUUACCCAGGCAUUUUUGAGUGGGACAGUACAGCAAAGACAGCAAAGAAGUCACCCUCACUCAGGGACUUCACUGUGACUGUCACUGACCAGAACACAGCUGUCUCUUCCAUGUCUAUGACAGCCCGGCAUGAUAAAACUUCACAUGCAAAUAUUAUAGUCCCUCUGUAUCCAACACUAUCUGCCAGACUUGUUGAGAGGACACAAUCUCAAAUUCCAAAUCAGCAGGGCCAUAGCCUGUCACUUCCCUACCAGACAGGAAGGCAGGUCUAUUACUAUAAUCCAGGCACACUGGGGCCUCAACUAUCUGGAGAACUUGGCCCCUGGCUGCAAUCCUAUGGCUCUGCGUCAUACCCAGGAAAUAGGGCCUCUGCCCAUCAACCAGAAAUGGUGAUGGUGCUAAAGGAGGUUCAGCCCACAAAAGUUCUACCACCAGUCUCCACUUCCGGGAUGCAUUACUCUGUGUCUGCUCAACCCAGCACAGAAACCAGUUUUCAAGUGAUGGAAACUUCCCUGGGGAUGGGUACUUCCCUGAAAUUGCAAUCUGCAAGCCAGACAUUUUGUCUGGCACAAACUCCAGAAUUCACCAAGUCCUGCAGUAGCAGAAAUACCCAGAUACGUGAGAGUAAUCCAUCAUCUGAGCUUGGGGACAUUUCAAUGACAGCUCCAGUCCAGAGUCCAACUAAUCUCUUGACAGUGUCUCUAGCUCCAAGCCAGGACAAAACUGAGAAUAAGAAUUUGGAUGAGAUUAAGACCAAGAUUUCAAACCCUCUAAAUGCCUACAAAUUCUCAAUAGAAAACCAAAAUCCUCCAGUGCUUCCUUUAGAAGUCCCUGAUAUUCACCAGCUUCUGACCUGCAUUGAUCCUCUUGGCCAAGGGGAGCAGCCUGGUUCUGAAAAUGCCAAUCUGAGAAACAACAGCCUGAGUCUUCAGGGCCAAGGGCUACUUGAAAAUGGGAGUGAGUCUAGCAGUGAUCUUGCAGACGUCACUACAUUGGUGGAGAAUACUCACCUCCCCUCGAUCAUCAGUUCUUUGCAAGAUCUUGACCAACCCAAAAGUCCCUCCAUCUUCAGUUCCUUACAAGAUCUUGACCAACCCAAAAGUCCCUCCCUAUUCAGUUCCUUACAAGAUCUUGACAAACUCAAAAGUCCCUCCCUAUUCAGUUCCUUACAAGAUCUUGACCAGCCCCAAAGUCCCUCCCUAUUCAGUUCCGUGCAAGAUCUUGACCAAUCCAAAAGUCCGUUCAUCUUCACUUCCUUACAAGAUCUUGACCAACCCAAAAGUCCCUACAUCUUCAGUUCCAUACAAGAUCUUGACCAAUCCAAAAGUCCCUCAGGCAAGAAAGCCAAAGAUCCCAGCACCAUCAAGGUAAAUCAAGUGCCGGAAAAGUCAAGUGUCAUAAAGGGUCACUCUGAUCAAGUAAGGAAGAACAAGCAUAAAGCUGCCGAGCCUAUCCAGGGUGCUCCCAAGGCCAAAAUCCAGCCAAAGAACCCAGAGAGCCUAUUAGAGGGAGAAGUGGCUGUUUGCAGUGCUACCACCAGUGACAGCGCUUCUGUGAGCAAGGGCAAGCGUUCUAGCAACAAAAGUCACAAAGCCGCAUCCAGCAGAGGCAGCACAACUAAGAGGCAUGGGCAGGGGAAGACCAAAAGGAGCAGAGAGAACAGCUCCAAGAAAUCUGGAGACAGUAAGAAGUCAGGGACGGAAGUCAAGGUUGAAGAGAAGCAAACAAUUCCAAAUAGAAAGCGGAAGAAAAAUCAACCUGAGCUUACCCAAGAGACCUUCAAAAAGCCACGAACCUCCCUAGGCAUGCACAUGCUAGAGUCCGUGCAAGUUUUCCAUGCACUGGGGAAAAAGACUGACAAGAAAACUGGAUUGUCUUCCUCCCGGACUCUGGGGAGCUUAAGCAACACCCAGAACCCCCGGCCAUUCUCAGCUCUUACACCAUGGCUGGCUACCCGACGUGAGGGGAAAGGCCCAGACAAAACACAAGUCAACGCCAAGAAACUAGAUGAUAAUGCUGAAAAAGAGUGUCCAUCUCCAUCCCAGAAUGAGUUGCCACCACCUGGGAAGGUCAAGUUGGUACCGUUGCCCUUUCUGACCCCGGACAAACCUCAAGCUCGACCUGUUUCUCGGCGGCCACACCCUCCGGUCUCACAUAGGCCUGCUGUGGCUUGUCCUUCUCCACCUAAUUCUACUAACUCAGCUCAGUCAACUGCUGUCAGUACAUCCCAACCGGCUCCUACCAACACAUCUUUGACAGGUCCUGCCAGACCAGCUCAGCCAAUUUCGACCAAUGCAACCGAAUCCGGUUCAACCAAUCCUAACCAGGCUCCUAUUGCCUCUCAGUCUGCUGCUUCUAGGCCAGCACUCUACAAAACAUCAUCUUGCUCUUCUCUCCAGCGGGAGCCUGUUUCCACUGCUGUGACCAAUCUCCAGUCACUGCCCAAGCCUCAAAAUCAGUUCUUAAUCCAAGACUUCAGUUUACAACGCAGGCCAUGGAGGACACCCGACAUUUCUGGGCCAGUAGAGUCAACGCCCAUCACAAAAGAGCAGAGGCCAGAACGUGAGGCCAUGAAGAGGAAGGCUCAGCAAGAGCGUGAGAAUGCUGCCAAAUACACCUCUUUGGGGAAACUGCAGUUCUUCAUCCAGAGGGAAAAAGAUAUGGAAAUUUCUGAAUUCUAUGGCUACAGAUUCUAAGAGCUGCUGAGACUGUUGGCUUUACUUUGGAUACCAGCUGGUUUUCCAAAUAUAUAGAUAGAUACUGCUUUCUUUAUUCCAAUAAUAUAUUUUUAAAACUUGAUAAAGAAAUGUAAUAGAAUUAAUAAUGAGUAAUAAAUAGGCUUUUGAGUUUUG